AUGUCCACUACUGCCCCAUCGCCAGCGUUGCCAUCGGUUGUCCGCAGCCAUUCCACAACUUCCCGACCUCCUUCCCAUCACCCUGUUGUCUCAUCCGAUAAUCCUCACCGAACCCGAAGUGUCGCUGUGAGGCCCGCGACAGCACAUCAAUCGUCUCCACAAUAUCACUCCCAUCAUUCGCAUUCUCAUUCCAGAUCACAAUCUUACGAUCGCCGACCCCCUUCGAAUCAAGCAGUAUUUGAUAGCAUAGCUCGUCGGGACUUCGAGCAACCGUUACCCGCCCGCCGGAGUAAGUCAAGAGAGCGAUCCCAGGAGCGUCCGUCUACCGCUUAUCGUGCCGAACCUUCUUCAAAUAAACAUCACCGGAACUUGUCCGCACACGGUCAUCAGCGGGAUAGCAUCGACAUGACCACCGCAGGGCCCGUCAUGGCGGAGGGCGUACCUGGCCCGCAGCAGGUUGCUUCCGGGUCGCGCCUGCACCCUGGUACCAUACCGUCGAAGCGUCGCACAACAAUCACCACUCCAUCGGGUCAGUGGGCUUUAGGAAAAACUCUAGGAGCAGGAAGCAUGGGCAAAGUCAAAGUUGGGAAGAAUUUAGAAACUGGAGAGCAGGUGGCCGUUAAGAUCGUUCCCAGGCAGUCGACGGAGGAUCAUCGGAGCUCACGCGAUGCUGAAAGAGCAGAUCGUUCAAAGGAAAUCCGAACGGCUCGAGAGGCGGCCAUCGUGAGUCUUGUGAGCCACCCGUACAUUUGUGGUAUGAGAGACGUGGUGAGGACCAAUUACCACUGGUACAUGCUCUUCGAACUGGUCAACGGCGGACAAAUGCUCGAUUAUAUCAUUUCCCACGGGAAACUAAAAGAGAAGCAAGCCCGAAAGUUCGCUCGGCAGAUUGCCGGUGCGUUGGAUUACUGUCACCGGAACAGCAUUGUGCAUCGCGACUUGAAAAUCGAAAACAUCCUGAUUAGCAAAACCGGUGAUAUCAAAAUUAUCGAUUUCGGUUUGAGCAAUCUCUUCUCUCCCAGGAGUCUUCUUAAGACUUUCUGUGGUAGUUUGUACUUUGCCGCCCCGGAGCUACUGCAAGCAAGGCAAUAUACCGGCCCAGAGGUGGAUGUCUGGAGUUUUGGCAUCGUCCUCUACGUAUUGGUCUGCGGGAAGGUUCCGUUCGAUGAUCAAAGCAUGCCAAAAUUGCAUGCGAAAAUCAAGCAGGGAGUAUUCGAGUUCCCGCAGGGGCUCUCGGCAGUCACUGAAUUAUGCAUAUUCACAGAAUGCCGCAGCAUCAUUUCACGCAUGCUAGUUACUGAUCCCAAACAGCGCGCAAGCUUAGCGGAGAUUAUGAAUCAUCCAUGGAUGAACAAAGGAUACAAUGGCCCCCCUGAGAACUAUCUUCCACACCGUGAGCCAUUGCAGCACCCAUUGGACGCAGAAGUCAUCGAGAAGAUGACGGGCUUCGAUUUUGGCCCCCCGGAGUAUAUCACCGCGCAGCUCACGAAGAUAUUAGAAUCCGAAGAUUACCAGCAUGCCGUACGGACGAGUGUUCGUGAGCAACCAUUGCCGAACCAUGGAGAGAAGAAGCGUGGCAUGUUCGAUUUCUAUAAGCGGCGAAAUUCGACUAGUCGAGAUACCCUCUCUGCCCCUUCUGCAGAGGCUGUUCAACUGGGGAAUGACCCCUUGAACGCCUACAGCCCUCUGUUGUCUGUCUAUUACCUUGUUAAGGAGAAGCUCGAGAGAGAGCGAGCCGAGAAAAACCCCGGGGCUUUCGGUGUUCCGCAGUCGGCCGGAGACGCUAUGCUCCAGAUGCCCGACCUCCCAGCCCCGGAAGCGGCACACACCAAUCAGUAUCACGUACCGGGUGAGAAAGACAAUACUAGGCGGGCUCGUCCUCGAGCAAGGACUCACGGUGAUGAUGACCUCUCCGAGGGGGUUAAAAAUCUCCAUCUGGCUCCAGGACAGGGAUCUCCUGCUCCUACAGCGUCACAACCAGAAACUCCUGCGAAGAAAGAAAGCACUGCAGCAGGUAUUUUGAGGCGAUUCAGCACCCGUAGAGCAAAGGAUCGCAGUCGCGAUCCCGACCGUGGAAGGGUUUCAAAUCAGACUCCUCAGAAGGAGACGAGGACAGGUCGUACACAUGCCUCGAGAACAAUGUCACUUGGUCACGCUCGCCGUGAGAGUAUACAGGCCCGUAGGGCUAAGCGAGAUGCGGCUAGGGAGGCAAAUGUUCCUGAGGAGACUGAUGCGGACAUCUCUGGCGCAGGAACUGCGCUGGAAAGUGCAAACGAAGGAGAAGAUCUGUCAAAACCAGUAUUUCUAAAGGGUCUUUUCAGUGUUUCAACCACUAGUAGCAAACCACUCCCCGUCAUUCGAUCCGAUAUAAUGCGGGUUCUCAAACAGCUCUCGGUGGACUACGUUGAAAUCAAGGGAGGCUUCAGCUGCUGCCACACGCCGAGUAUUGAGAUAGAUAAAGUGGUUGAUGUCGGCCCCCCAAGCCCUGACCGGCAAGGUCAUGUGUCUAACCAUCGUCGGCGUAUUAGCUUCGGGGGCCUUCUGAGCCAUGACGAUGGCAGGGAGGAGACCCGACACACCCCCAGGUCCCAGCGUCGGACUCGCGCACCGGAUCAUAGCUUUGUCACCAAUUCGGAGGCGUCCGACGAAUAUCUCCCUGCACGCGACAACGUGGUAGUCGGGGAACGCGUCAUGGGCGAGACUACCACCCGAGUUCAGAGCGACACCGGAGAAAAUUUGGUUCUCCGGUUUGAAAUCCUCAUUGUCAAAGUGCCGCUGUUUUCUUUGCACGGUAUCCAGUUCAAAAAGGUAUCAGGCGGCAUGUGGCAAUACCGAGAGAUGGCAAAGAAAAUUUUGGACGCCCUGAAACUCUGA